CAUCUCUCUAGCCCACUCUGUGUUUAAUUCUUAUCCAGUGUCAUUCAUUAAAUCAACAAAUAUUGACUGUCUACAAAAUGAGGCCCAGUGUUCUUUCUGGAUAGGUAGCUGUUCAGAAAACAGUAAGAUCACAGUAUAUUCCACUCUCAUGUUUUUGGUUUAAUCUCUUCUGCCAACUCAGGGAGUCCCUGGAGGACAGAAACGACUUCUUUGGAUUUUUAAAUAAAUUGGUCUUUCCAUCACUUGCUCACACCUUGUCCCUUACUCUCAUCCAGAUGUUGGAGAAGUCAUCCAACCUAGUAGCAUUUAUUAUCUCUUAAGUCAAGACCAUAGAGUUCUGUUAGUUUUUUUGAGGGCUCCUGGAGAAUAGAAGGCAGCUGGGGUUUGACUCUGGGUCUGGUAACUUGAACUUCAAGUCUCAGAUAACAGCAACAGCUUCAACAUCAAUAAUUAAAAGCAGGUCCAGCCUCCUACUUCACGGUUAUUCCUCUCAAGGACUUCCCAUCCUGUCUAGCACUCCGAUCUUCCCUAAGCAGGAGCCGCUGGCCAAGCCUCCUUCUACCCCAGGGCUCAGGUAGGAACCAUGUCCCCUGCCAUCGCGCUGGCAUUCCUGCCACUUGUGGUAACAUUGCUGGUGCGCUACCGGCACCAUUUCCGGCUGCUGGUGCGCACAGUGCUGCUGAGGAGCAUCAGAGACUGCCUGUCAGGCCUGCGGAUUGAGGAGCGGGCCUUCAGCUAUGUGCUCACCCAUGCCCUGCCUGGGGACCCAGGUCACAUCCUCACCACCCUGGACCACUGGAGCAGCUGCUGCGAGUACCUGAGCCACAUGGGGCCUGUCAAAGGUCAGAUUCUGAUGCGGCUGGUGGAAGAGAAGACCCCUGCCUGUGUGCUGGAGUUGGGCACCUACUGUGGAUACUCUACACUGCUUAUUGCUCGUGCCCUGCCCCCUGGAGGCCGGCUUCUCACUGUGGAGCGGGACCCACGCACAGCAGCAGUGGCUGAAAAACUUAUUCGCCUGGCUGGCUUCGAUGAGCGCAAGGUGGAGCUCAUCGCAGGCAGCUCAGAGGAGGUGAUCCCACGCCUGCGAGCCCAGCACCAGCUGAGUCGGGCAGAGCUGGUGCUCCUCGCACAUCGACCCCGCUAUUACCUGCGAGACCUGCAGCUACUGGAAGCUCAUGCUCUGCUGCCUGCUGGUGCCACCGUGUUAGCUGACCAUGUGCUGUUUCCUGGCGCGCCCCGCUUCCUACAGUAUGCCAAGAGCUGUGGCCGGUACCGCUGCCGUCUCCACCACACUAGCCUCCCUGACUUCCCUGCCAUCAAGGAUGGCAUAGCCCAGCUCACCUAUGCAGGGCCUGGAUGAGGUCCAAGAACGGGGGUAUCUUUUGAUGUACCCCCACCCCACCCAGGCAAGGACCUCAAAAUAUCCCCUUUCCCUUCCUGUUUGGGGCCCACUGAGGAGGUUCCCAAUUAUGCCCCUCUCUUCAGCUUCAAUACUGACCUGAAGUGUCCAAUUCUGUCAGGCUUCUUGGUCCCACCACAUUCCCCUCCUAGAAAGCCAGGAACUGACAGCAAGAAACCUACGCUCUCAACCUAGCUCUGACCCCAAUAGAGUUCACUCUCAACACUAAGGCAGCUGGCUGGGCGACCCAGACCCACAGGGCCUUCCAGCUGUGGGCCUCAGGCAGCCUCCCCUCUGCAGCCCAUGCCAUUCUGGGUGGGACUGGAGGAAGUUGCAGACAGUGAAAGGUCCCACAGGAGUGGCUGGAUGCAAGCUGGGCCAGAGGAAAUGUCAAAGGAGAUGAGCCCAGGCUCCCCAACUCUGGCCAACCUGGCCCAUCAGGUGUGUUUGAUAUCCCUUGAGGUCCUCCUCCCCAAAGCCCAAGAGGGGAUGCUGCCCUCCUCUAGGUCCCACCAACAAGCAGAGAAUAGACUUGGAGGGAAAGAAUCAGUCCUGUGUCUUUAUUAAAGAGGGUUAGAAAGGUAGCAGACCUGACAACCAAAGACUGAGGUACUGGCCAGGA